GCUCGAACAUCACAGCGAGGCAUCAUCAUACGCCCACGCUCACCACUUGGCUCACUGUCGUACUCGGUACCCUACAGCGCCGAAAGAGCUGCCAAGGGGCUCCGUCGUCCAUGGACGUGCCGACCGCCGGUGGAGCCGCCGCCGCCGCACCGCAGCGCAGGGCCUGGGAGUGGGAGGGCCGGGUGGUGUCCCCGGUGCCGGCGGCGACGGCGGACGAGGCGUGGGCGCUGCUGUCAGACUUCCUGGCGUUCCACAAGUGGCACCCGCGCGUGGCGGUGUGCCGCCUGGCGUCGGCGUCGCCCUCCGGCGCCGCGGCGGCGCCCGGGUGCGUGCGCUACUGCGAGGGCACCCCGCCGGGCGACGGGGCGCCCGCCGACUGGGCGCACGAGACGCUCCUGGAGCACGACCAGGCCCGCCGCUUCUUCCGCUACGAGAUGAACGACAACAACAUGGGGUUCGGCGCCUUCUUCGCCGCCUUCCGCGUCGUCCCCGCCGCCCACGCGGCCGGCGGGUGCGAGCUGCGGUGGGAGUUCGAGUGCGAGCCCGUGCGGGGCACGCCCAAGGAGGCGCUCGAGGCGCGGCUGCAGGCCGGGCUCGACGGCAUGGCCGCGCGCGUGCACGAGCACCUCAUGUCCGCGCGCGCUGCCGUCGCCGCAGCCGCGCCGGCCCCCGCCGUGGCCGCAGGGCUGGAGGCCGCCGACGAGCUCAAGCUCGACAACUCCAUCGCGGCCUGAGCUCUGAGCAGUGAGCACUCGAUGUACGCACACGGUUCCACGUCUGCGUGCACGUACCGACGACGCACGUACGGUUGGUUGUGAUCUCGUCCCGUUUCUUUCUCGCGGUACUACGUACGUUGUCCGAUGAUAUUUUCUCUUUGUUCUGUUCUGGCCCUUCUGGGCCUUUGUCGGUUUGCCGUUAUGUAUGUGCGGCUACGUACCGUUUACUACAGUACGGUAGUGCCCUUAUAUAUACAGCUGUACCGGGAAUAAAUGUAUGAUAUUACUCGUAAUAUAUGCAAGUGAUCAGUGCAUGUGCAGUCUUUUA